AUGAGGCCAACAGCUCGUGUGUUUGCGCGCUACCUAGAGGCCGGUACUCCCACCGGUCUCACUGGUUUAUGGACUCAUGCCACACCCCGAUCGACCCUCCUCUACCUGUACGGCACAACCCUCAGCAAGCUCCAGAGCAUCCCCGAGAACUCCAUGUACCGUCAAUCCGUUGAGGCUGUCACCAAGCACCGAAUGUCUCUCGUUGAGCAGAUGAUCCCUCCAGGUUACAACGAGUGGGCGGUUCGCGCCAAGGAGCUCGUCAGCAAGAACUCCUCUCAGUUCCGAGUGGCCAGCGGCCGCGUUGACGGUAGCGAAGCUCAUACUGUUAAGCUAGGCGACAAGAUCUUUGUGGUGGGCCGAAAGCACGAGGCGGGCGAUAUCCGAGUCGAGGAGUGGAAUGGCGAGGAGGAUGAGGGCCCUGAGUACGAGGGAAUUCGAACACAAAAGGAGCGAGAGGACCAGGUUACCUGGGCAGAGCGCAAGCCUCUCGAGGAUCAUGAGAAGAUUGAGUGGGAAGACGAGCCUCAGAUGACUGCGGACCAGGUCCACGAGCUCGAGCAGAAGAUCGGAGCUGGCCUUAUCGAGGAGGUUAUUCAAGUCGCCGAGGGCGAGCUUAAGCUAGUUGAGACCAUGGAGAAGACCAAGGUCUGGGAGGAUCUCGAGGAGAAGCCUGCCCCUGGUCAGUGGACUUACUUUGACCGAACCUAA